UGACAUUUAAAUGGUAGAAAAAAAGCAAUAAAGAAUGUGAUUCAGGGUCAAUAGGUGGUAUAAAAGCUUGAAUGUCGAUCGUAUAAUUAUUAGUCUCUGAAGGAGAGAAGAAAGAAGUAGAAGAAGAGAGGAAGGAAAACAAAAAUGACACCUCUGAUCGUUCUGAUAGUUAUCACUGGGGUAGCCUAUGCUGCACCAAGUGGAAUCGUAGGAGCUAGUUCAGCCGUAAUUGGUCCUCAUAAAGGAUCAGUAGCUGUUGCUGGCCCGGUCAGUGGACCCGUUGCCGUAAGUGGUGCAGUUGCUGGAUCUGCUGUAAUAUCUGGAUCGGUUGCGGGACCGUCUGCGGUAAUUGGCUCCGUUGCUGGUCCAACUCUUGUCUCGGAACCAUCACUAGGUUUGAGUGCUCUAGUCGUAGAUAACGGAUUAGAGCAUGGUUCGGUAAUCGCAGCACCUCACGCAGCGACAGCAUCUCUCAUCAGUGUUCCGCCUGCGGGAACUACUGUAGUCGCUGGUCCGGACGGUGGAAUUGUUUCUACAAAUGGUGUUGCCCAUGGUGCUGUAAUCUCUGCUGUCAAUAGUCUUCACGGAUGGUAGAAGAUUAUUCUAUAAUUGCAAAUCUCACUCGAUAUUAUACCACGGUUUUGUACGCUUUUUUACAACGUUUAAAUAAACAAUAAUUACGUAGUUUAAAA